AUGAAUAGUUCAAAUUUGAACACUGAUUCUAAUCUACCACCAAGAUAUGAUAUGAUUAAUCCAACGGUGCCAACAUUGGAGAAUCAGCCAUUUCCUUCAAAUCACAUAUAUGGCCAACAGGCUAUACCUAUGCAAGGAGUUCCGACACAGCCAAUAAGUGUACUUCAUAAUGUAUUCAUAAUAACAAAUCCAGCAAUAAACAUUAAGGACUACAUGGGGUGGUCUAUUUUUAAUCUCUUGUUUGGUGUUAUUUUCUUUGGUUUAGUUGGAGUUUUGCUUUCUAAUAAAGUUCGUGAUAGAAAGAGAAAUGGUGAUAUUGAUGGUGCAAGAAAUUUAUCAAAAUGGACAGCUAUAUGGAAUACCUUUAGUACCUUAGCUGGAAUUGGCGCUACAAUUGGAAUAAUCAUUUAUGUGAUCGAUUACAACAAGACACAUUAG